AUGUACUAUCUUCGGCUCCGGCAACUUGCUGAUGAGGUCUUGCGGGAUGCGAAGGACCUCGAAGCGCUGCACUCGCAGGUUAAACACUUGAGAAAACGCUUAAGGUCAACACGAUUAUUGCUAGAGGGCGGUCCAUGGUCAGUCACCAAGCACUGGAACUUGCCUCCUCCACCAAUAGAUGAGGUCAAGCUCGAGAAUGACUACUUCCGCGUGGGAUCGCAGAAGGUGACAUAUACGGACGGAGCGACGGCCACCACAGCCGCUAUGACAAAGACUUUCUCAGAGAAGCUGGAGCAGACAGCCCGCUUCGGCUUCUGCUACAUCACCGACGUGCACCCCACGCCCAGGGCCACGGAAGCCCUCCUCAAACGCAUCGCCUUCAUUCGUGAAACCCACUACGGCGGCUUCUACGACUUCACCGCCGACCUUGCGAAGGCGGACACGGCGUACACUAACAUCGCGCUGGGCGCACACACGGAUAACACAUAUUUCACCGACCCAGCAGGCCUGCAGGCCUUCCACCUCCUGAGCCACACCGACGGCGAGGGCGGCGCGUCACUGUUGGUAGAUGGGUUCAAAGCCGCAGAGGAUCUGCUGAAGGAAGAUAAAGAGGCUUAUGAUGUGCUGGCCACGGUGAAUGUUCACGCACACGCUUCCGGCAACGACGGCAUAUCCAUCCAACCAUAUCGGGGCUUUCCCGUCCUCGAACACGAUGUCGAAACCGGAGCCCUCCUCCGCGUCCGCUGGAAUGUGGCGGACCGUUCCAGUAUCGAACUCCCCUUGUCCGAGGUCGGCACGUGGUACGCCGCAGCCCGCAAAUUCGACGCUAUUCUCAAAAGAAAACAGAAUGAGUAUUGGGAGCAGCUGAAGCCGGGGACGGUACUUGUUUUCGAUAAUUGGAGGGUAUUGCAUGGGAGAAGUAGUUUUACGGGGAAGAGGAGGAUUUGUGGGGGGAUAUGUUAA